AGAGCAUUCCAAGCAAGCCAUUUUUGCAUGGAUGGAAUCUGGAGAAAGAGUAAAGCCGGCGGAUUUCAGACCGCAUGAGUACACUUCAGAACCUACAGAUGACGAGGGACAGAUAAUAGAGUCCGUUCACCAUAUCUCUUCACCGAACGCUCUCCAGGAUGAAAUCCCAGUUCAAAAUCUUGAAAGCAGAGAGGAUUUAAGUGAGGAUACUGGCAUGAUUCGGCUUGAGAAGCAUGGUAUUGAAGUAAGAAUUCCACCAAGCGAGGCUUACAGAGCAAAGGAUGUCACCGUCGAACCAAUCCAUGAAAUUCCACCUGAGUUGGUACUGAAGGAAACAGAAGCCAUCAUUACCGUCGGCUUGAAAAUGUCGCCCUCUAAUGCUACCUUUGACGUUCCGGUGACAGUAACGAUGCCCCAUUGUGGUAUAUUCACAAAGCCAGAUGCUGCGGAAAUCGUCACAUAUUAUCGCAAGAAUGCUUCUGAAGAUUUUACGGCGAUUCCUUCUACCAAUGGGAGCCCGCGAUGUGUUGUAAGACAUCACGACCUAGAUAUCUAUUUGAACCAUUUCUCCGAAAUUUGGAUUGUAGCUAUCAUCAGAAAGACAUUCAUCGGAAAACGUGUGAUUUGUACACCAUAUAUUCCUGUGUCAACUCUGAAGAAUGAUGAACACGUGUUGUUUGUCCAUGUAAGAAAUGCAAACACCAGAAAACUAGAGGAGCAGCAUGGAUAUAUGGCUCCGAUCACCGGAGAACAAUUCUUAGUGAAGUGGCGUUCUGGAGGAUUAAGGAUAACUUGCAAAGAAAGUACCCCCAAGGAAGACGAGGUCACGACUCUACAGGAAAGUGAGAUUCGCAACCUGACGGAGCAUAAAGUGAUGUUCACAGUGGAUACACGAACUACUAACAAGAAUAAAGUGAUAUUACACUUCAUCCUGAAACAAAGCACAACGAAGGAGCUCUUAGUUCCUAUGCACUUAGAAGGUAAAUAAUAUCAAAUAGAAUCAAGUCAACCGAGAACUCUACAAAUGUUUGCCAUUCAUGUAAUUCAUCAUUUUAGGACAUUUGACCAGUUUUGGGAGUUUGGAGGCAUGUAAAAAAU